GCACCUUUGACGUGCCCGUCCCCCACGUGACGGCCGCUCCAUUGCGGGGAGGGAGCUGAGCUGAGCCGCCGCUCCGGCAGAGCACGGGAGAGCCGCAGCCUCGGCGGCGGCAGCGGCAGCAGCGCCUCCGCCCGCAGUGCGUGUGUGUAUUGCGUGUGUGUGAUGAGCGAUCGCCGCGUCCCUCCGCCCGCUGCCGGCUGACACCCACCGCGCGGGGCGCGCCAGGAGCAGCAGGAGCAGGCGAGGAGCCGCGGCCAGCGCGCAGUGACCUUGGCCCAGGAGUGCAACAUCCAAAAGCGGAUCAAUUUUUUGGGACAUGGCACAAGGAAAUAAUUAUGGGCAAAGCAGCAAUGGGGUGGCUGAUGAAUCCCCUAACAUGCUGGUGUACAGAAAGAUGGAAGACGUCAUAGCCCGCAUGCAAGAUGAGAAAAAUGGGAUUCCUAUUCGUACAGUGAAAAGUUUUCUUUCCAAGAUUCCCAGUGUCUUUUCUGGUUCAGAUAUUGUUCAAUGGUUAACAAAGAACUUAUCGAUAGAAGACCCAGUUGAAGCUCUGCAUUUGGGAACUCUGAUGGCAGCACAUGGCUAUUUCUUUCCAAUCUCAGAUCAUGUUCUAACACUGAAGGAUGAUGGCACCUUUUAUCGAUUCCAGACACCCUAUUUUUGGCCAUCAAAUUGUUGGGAGCCGGAAAACACAGACUAUGCUGUUUACCUCUGCAAGCGGACAAUGCAAAACAAAGCAAGACUAGAACUAGCAGACUAUGAAGCUGAGAGUUUGGCCAGGCUACAGCGAGCUUUUGCUCGGAAAUGGGAGUUUAUUUUUAUGCAAGCUGAAGCACAAGCAAAGGUUGACAAGAAGAGAGACAAGAUAGAGAGGAAGAUUCUUGACAGUCAGGAGCGAGCAUUUUGGGAUGUGCAUCGUCCAGUGCCUGGCUGUGUAAACACUACUGAAGUGGAUAUAAAAAAGUCUUCAAGAAUGAGAAAUCCACAUAAAACAAGAAAGUCUGUCUAUGGCUUACAAAACGACAUUCGAAGUCACAGCCCUACGCACACGCCAGUGCCUGAGAGUAAGCCACCCACAGAAGAUGAACUACACCAAGAGAUUAAGCACUGGCAAAUGCAAUUAGACAGACAUAGAUUAAAAAUGUCAAAAGUUGCAGAGAGUCUAUUAGCUUAUACAGAGCAGUAUUUGGAAUAUGAUCCUUUUCUUGUGCCCCCUGAUCCCUCAAACCCUUGGAUAUCAGAUGACACCACUUUCUGGGAACUGGAGGCAAGCAAAGAGCCAGGACAGCAGAGAGUGAAACGAUGGGGAUUUGGCAUGGAUGAAGCUUUGAAAGACCCUGUGGGAAGAGAGCAGUUUCUGAAAUUCUUGGAGUCAGAAUUCAGUUCAGAAAAUUUAAGGUUCUGGUUAGCAGUAGAAGACCUGAAGAAGAGGCCAAUCCGUGAAGUUCCUGCUCGCGUCCAAGAAAUCUGGCAAGAAUUUCUUGCUCCAGGUGCACCCAGCGCUAUCAACCUAGAUUCAAAAAGUUAUGACAAAACCACUCAGAAUGUGAAGGAACCUGGAAGAUACACAUUUGAAGAUGCUCAGGAGCACAUUUACAAACUGAUGAAAAGUGAUUCUUAUCCUCGUUUUAUACGAUCCAGUGCCUACCAGGAGCUGCUACAGGCCAAGAAAAAGUUGGAAAACACUCUGGAUCGUCGAACAUCUUUUGAGAAAUUCACACGCAAUGUGGGCAGAAACAUCCCUAUUUUUCCAUGCCAUAAAAACUGUACACCAACACUGAGGGCGAGCACUAACCUGUUAUGAAAAGAGGUAAAGGCUUCCUGUAAUAUGCUUUGAAUCCACUGUAAUCAGGAAGAAAUUUGGAUUCAAUGGGACAAAGUCAGUAAAGGACUCUAAAAGUAAAUAAACAGCCACAAAGGAAACUAUCCCAAUGUUUGAAACAAAAACCCCUAUGUUUUGCAUGGUGGUGUUGCCAUAGCAUGUUGCAGUGUGAUUUGUGUGUUGUCUAAACAGGUCGGAUCUAUAAAACAACAUUGUACAUGAUAGCACUAUACAUGAUAAUUGCAUUAUACUUCAGUAGGAAGUUCCAUAUUAAUAAAAAGUCUGUAAAAGAGGGUGCAUAGAGUUGGUAACAUAUCUGGGACCUCUGAGAGCCAGACUUUUUCCCAGUCCCAAUGCCUGGAAGACUGCAGUGCUACAUUAAUUCAUAGCAUUUUGAGCAGCCCAGGUGUCAGAAAUCGGCUGUGGUGAAAAUUAUGUAAACAGGUGGCCAUGAGGGGGGAAAAAGCAAGCUGUAGGUAAAGGGGUCAGGAACACAGUGCAAAAAGGGAGGAUGUGAAGACAAGACUGGGAGAUGCUGAAAUCCCUCCCAGAGCAGCCUUAUGGACGAACCAGCAGUUCUGGGCACAAACACUGGAGCAUUGUGCCCUGCAGCCAUGCCCGAUUUUCAUCCUGCUUAUCUCAGGGCAGGAGUACCAGAAUAGCAGCAUGCCAGAGAUGCAAUGCAGGCCAAAUAAACCAGCUGUGAACUAGAAAUGGAAAAGAGGAUUUCUGGACAUUAGUAGUUCAGUAGAAGAGGGUUGUUUUUUUGUUUUUUUCACAGAGAAAACUCUGAAAUAAAGUCAGUGGUUUUGCUUUUUUUCCAACUAUUACCUGUUAACCUGGGUGGAGUCUGUCAAGUCGGGUCAGGUAUGAAAGAAAAAUAUGUCACUGCUUGAUCUAUAAUCUCUAUUAGACUGACAGCUCUGAAACUUGCAAAUUAAUCCAGAGUAUCAGGAUGCUCAAAUGCGAAUCUUUUUUCCAAGAUGAUUGAAUUCAUGUCACUCACUUCCUCAGGACCUCUUUCCACCAGACAUCCUUGUUGUUCCACUCAUGUUCUUGGUUGUGAUGAGUUUAUCAUAUGUAACUAUCUAUCUUGGUACAGUGGUUCCAACCAGCAGGAAUGAGGGAAAAAAUUAUCAGAAUAUUCUACAGUGUACUGAUUAACUUGAUAACUGUGAAGUGAGGGACUGUGGAAUAGAUCUGUUCUAUUAAUUAUAGAUUAAUUAUCUGAUUAAUACAGAAUUAGCUGAUUAAUACAGUAGAUAGGUGUGAAAAGGGUCUUCAACAACCUGGAUAAAUGCUAUCAUCUCUGAUUUAGUAGAUGAAAAUUAUAGUUUCUCUUCUCUGAUGGUUUGCAAUAUUUAGACUAAUUUUCACUGGAUUUCUUUCCUUAGUUAUAUCAAAGUGGGUUUGUAUUAAACUAAAUUAGACCUCAUUUUUUUCCAUUCGAAGUGUUUAAUAAAAACCCAGUAACCCUGGCUAUGUCUAGGGACUCAGUCUGAACAGAUGGACUUGUAAUUCACUUUCUGAUUUGUUGACUCUAAGUUGCUCCUGAUCAAUGUUAAACAGAAUUAGGUUAUACUUGCUACAGAAAGCAUUUGUUAAACCAGAAAGUUUAGAAACUGUGGAGGGAAAUUAGUCUGCACUAUUUCAUGGAUUACAUGGAAAUAACCUAUUAUAAUGAGUCAUUAUUUUAGUCUGAUGGAGAAAAAAUAGAAGUGGAGUUAUACACUACUCUCAGCUCUGCAUUUCUUUGACAUUGAAGGGUUUUCUUUCCAGAAAAUUUUCAGUAAGUUGGUGCAGUUCAUGAAAGGCCUAAAUGCUCAGUUUAAAAACUGACUAAUUAGCUGCUCUGUAGAUUUUAUAGUGCAAAAUUGCUAAUGCAUUCAGCUGCCUGCAGCAGAAAAUAUGUAUAAAGUUAUAAACAGGUCUACGUUCACAUAAAAUAUACAGAAGUAAUAGCGAGCUGGAAUUUGCUAUAUGUAAUAUUUAUUAGUGAACUCUUUAAAGUUUGUCUCUGAGUAGUAACCCCCGCUAUCCUUGGUCUGCCUCACUUACACUCCUGGGUACUGUGUAAAAAUAAAGAGCACAGGCACUUCAGCACUACUGGAAUGAAGCCAUCGGAUAUGUGAAUUGCCUUGGACUAACACAGGCUACCAUGUGUGUCACAGCUUUGAGUCAGAGGCACAGAGAGCAGUGACAAUGUGCUCUGGGCUCCUCCCUGCCUAGCUCAGCCCUCAGCUUUCUCUUUGAGAAUAAUUAAAGUGCAGUCACCCACAGCUCCCCAAGGGACUAGGGAAGUUAAAGAUCUAAGUCAUGGAGCUGAAGGAUCUCAUUGCAUGCUCAAGCAGUAGAGAGACUGAAAUCAGCAGUUUCUGUGGCAUUUUAAGAAUUGAAAUUCUUUUGAAGAAUUCACGUGGGGGAAAAAAAACGAUAAAAAAACCCAAAAAACUUAAUCUCAGCAAAUUUACCUCAAGUGCUAUCUACAUUACAGGGGGAAAAAGCAGGUGAAUAUACACUGGUAAUGUUGAUGGGAGCAAAGAGGUUCUUUAGGGAACAAUUUUGUCUGUCAUUUCUCACAUGCAUGCAGGACUUGUGACAGUGGCAGACUGAGCAGGACUCUGUGAGACCCAGCCUGGUGCUCAGCUGUAAUUACUGGUCUUGAACCCUCAAGACAAAGGGACCUGAUUUACAGGGGGAGAGAGUUAAUUUAAUUUCCACCCCACACAAAUUUUAUUGUCCCACCAGGAACCAAGUCAGCGGGGCAAAAAGCAGUAGCCUCCCUCCUUAGAGCUGUGGGGGGAGACACUCCAUCCUCAUGCAUUGGUGCCAUGACUUCAGACACCACCAUCAGUGUUAGCAUUUCAUCUGUCACUGCACAGUUACACAGAACACAAAAAAGAGGUGCUUGUUGUACGUUUGUGAGGUCUUAAGGAAAUACAGGCAGUACAAAACAGACCCAGUUCAGUUCAUAUAUUAAACUAGAAAGCUAUCAAACUAUAAUUAUCUCCACUCAUAACCUCGUAAAAAAGAUCCCAUUUAAAAAUUCUGAGUUUGAAACCAUUAUAUCUUAUAUUAGCUGUAUCCUUUCCAGCUUCUUCUCCCACUUAACUGGAAGAACUUGCUGACCAGAAUCCUCUGAUUUUUUCCCCCUCCAAACCAGUAACAAUAGACCAUUUCAUGCAGGAGAUGUGAAAUGCGAAGGCCAUUUUACAGUGCACAUUUUCACCAAGUUUCAAUCCAAUGUCACUUAACAUGACAUUGUGAAUUAUGGUCUAGAGAUGGAAAUUAAAGCUCAUAAAAGUAGCUUCCUCAGUUCUUACCAGUGGGUCACAGACUUUCUAGAUGUUUAAACAAGUGAAAUAUUUUUUUAUGUUAAAAUCUAUCCCUUUUAUAGAGCAACAAAGCAGAUAAAUAAUCCAUUUCAUCUGUUAAUUUGAAAUUUUUCUAUAUGAAUAGGUAAAACUUCUGUACACAAGGCCCUACUGUGCCAGACCAAAACUCCAUCUAGUCCUGAAAACCUGAUGAGGGCUCGAUUUUUCUCUAGUAUAACAUUGUCUAAGAAAUUCAAUGCAGUUUCAGCUGUGGAAUCUCAUUUUGAAUUUACUUACAGGUUAUUCCCAAAAUUGAAAAAAAAAAAACAGCUAGUCAGAAGAAAUAUAAAUUACAAAACUACUUAUUUGACAAAGAAGAAUGUAAAUAAUAAUUAUUUGUAGAAUUGAAUGCCUUUUCCAUUUUAGGAAGAGAUGUCUUAUUCACUUUUGAAUAAAAAGAACAAAUAAAUAUUUGAGCUUUUUAUUUUGGCCUACUAAUUAGUAAAAAAAAAACCUUAGUUUUAGGAGUUAAGAAUUAUUAAGGACAAAAUUAUAAAGGACGUGCCAGUGAGGACUGGCCUCUUUGUGCUGUUCUGCAGUGACUGGAGCUAAGCUGCUGUGCUCUGUGCUGGAAGAGAGGAGCUUUGGAGUAACACUUGCACAAACAGGUUCAUCCAAGUGAGGAGCCAGCACAGACUGGUCAGCUACUGGGCCAGUGUCUGCCAUUUUCCAGCUGACAAACAUUUUACCUGAAUCUUAGGCCAUUUUCAGGACUGAGAACUGCAGAGGGGUAUGCAAACUUGAGGAGUCAGGCCCAGGAAAAACAUACUAAAAAUAUUUUUUUUGUGAAUCGGUCCUUUGGAAAUAUGCAUUUCAAAUGGUUAUUCAAGUUCAAACUACCCCAUCUGGCAGGAGGUUUGAAGUUAAUCACGAAUGAGAGCAGCUCAUCAGUAAAUGCAAAGUGCAGAAGGAGAAAGAAAUGGAUGCCACUGGAUUUGGAGUGAGCCAAAACAGGAAAGCAGUUGUUCAGCCACUGCCUCCCACUUCAGAUCAUUGCAGGAAACAGAACAGCCCUAAUGAGAAGGGAACAAAGGGCUGCAAAUCUCAGCCAGAGGCAGAAGGAUUUCCCUGCACAUGUAACCACUUAGCACUACAGCUGUACUGACAACUUGCUCCCCAAAUUCAGUAAACACUAACCUUGUCCCCUUCCUCACAUCUGAAAGAGAAAUACACCUGCACAGAUGGCUGACAGCAGCAUCCUGUACUGCUGUGGAAGCUGAAGCACAGUUCUGAACCCCAGAGCAACACGGAAACAAUUCCCUUGUGCUGGUAGAGCAAGGGUUGCUUCAACACGAAAAGGGAUUUACUGCUUCUUCUCCCAUGUCUCUCCAGAUGUGCUCCUGUCAGGGGCUCUUUACACACCAGCUCUGUGUGUAGUGCACUGCAAUGUCACCCUGCUGAUUUGGAUGGGCUGACAGUGUGCUGCAGGUGUUUCACACGUGAGCAGAUGGCUAACACUGAGACCAAGGAGGGCUGCUUCUCACUCCACAUCUCAUUUUGCUCACAGUGGGACACUACCUCUCUUUCCUCAACAGAUGCAUGGAGUUUUCUUUUCUAGUGCUACCAGUAUAGGUCCUGGGGAGUAGCACCUGCACUGGCAAUAAAGAAAUAUGGAAAAGGAACAGUUAAGGUUUCUUUGCAGAAAGGAAUAUAAUUAAUCUUCUAAAAGGAAAAGAUGUGAUCUUUCUGUACCACACAUUUCAACUCCAAUGCCUAUAGACAUUUCAUAUUGAUUUCUUUUAAGCCACGUAUGUACAGUGGUUGUUGCUGACAUUUUUGCUGGAUUAUUUGAGGUGUUAGUGUCAUGCUGCAUAAAUGGGUCAGUCAGCACAACUGUAUUUAGCAGAAUCUGCACAUACCUUUACAGUUUUUCCCCUUAAAUUUGCUAGAAGUAAAGCUGGAAGGCAGCUCUAGGUCAAGCAGUUAGUAUGUUCAAAUAGGGACUGAAUGCUGAGGCCAAGUGAUUUUGUACUUUAGAUGUAGUUGCUCACUCCAGCUGCUGUGCUGCCUUCUCAUACUCUGAUUCUCUUGUCAGGCUAUGUGUGCAGUGUUCCAUUUUGGCAUUUGCAUUACUAGUAAAAUACUUAAAUAUUUACAAUUGUUAUGUCCAAAGUGCACUAAUACAGCCAAAAAAAUCCUAAUCAUCUUUAGGAUUUGCCCAUAUGCUUCUAAAUGUUGAUGGCAAGAAUAUAUUGAAAAUAUUAAGGAUCUCCUUUUCAUUAUUCAGAUAAACAUUUACUACUUCUGUUUUUUCCACCCCUAAUUUUCUUUAAUCUCAUUAGCACAGGAAACAUCUUCAUAUGCUACAACUCUGAAAAUUGGCCUGUUAGAUGCAGGUUCCCAAAUCAAAAUGUGGCUUAUGGAAAUGCUGUUAACAAGGUAUCUGAAAGAAAUGGCAGCUAUUAAAUUAUGACCCACAAUGGAUGAUCCUUAUAUCAGUAAAUAUAGUCUGUAAAUUAAGUAAAUCUGGAAAUCUCCUAGAAACAGUAAUUAUGAAACCCUACCACAGAGAGCUAAAGCAAAAGUAUACUCUAGAACAGAGUUUUAACGAAAUAUUUUGUAAAGUGGAAAAUAACAAGUCCCUGCAGAUCUAAUAAGAAGAUGUGAUAAUUCCGUAUCUGGGGCUGCAGUGGAUUCUGUGUAUUAAAAGCUUAUUUUCCUAAUCAGAGAACUUAAUAUGGUUCAGUAUAAGCAUUUAAGAAGAUCUCUUAAGGAGGGUGGAUCUUCUAAGUUGUCACUUUUCCAACUUAGUGAUAAAUUAGAACUACUGAUGCAUGGAAAAAGACCGUUUGUUGUUGUUGUUUUGUUGAGAUGGAGGUUUUUCUGAGGCAGGGAGGGGAGUUGAAGGAGAGGACCAUCCAGAGAGUUCCUGAUCACUGUAGGGCUUUGGAGAAAAAAAUAUUCAAAGAUCAGUAAUAUACAGGGAACAAGUUAUGUGGAGUGCAGAAAAAAAUUGUCAUGACAGCUCACUGUGUCUCUAGGGGAAAAUUCAAUCAAUAUCUAGAAAAUUAUCACACAAACCAGAUCAACUCAUAACUACUUUUUGGCCUGAUUUUAUGUCAGCACUUUCUAGUUUAUCUGAUAACAUAAUUUAUUCCUGAGAUGCUAGAAUUUGUUUAUGGUUCAUCUAGAAAUUCCAGAAAUUUUGAAACUCCUAAAUAGUAGUUGCAAAUAAUAAUAAAAAACAAUUAUUUCACAUAUUUUUGUACGGCAACAAGCAUUUAUGCAGCUUUCAAGUGUAGUAUGGAGCAAAUUGUAACUGAUCAAGAACUCCUGGUUUCAAUAUUUUAAUUAAGUGGGUUAUGCAGUUCAAUACUUAAGGGAACUCAUACAUGUUUAAAAAAAGUAGCCAGACCUGUACACUUGUAAACUUGAGUGCAAAUAACCUAAUGAAAGGCAAAGACAAGCAUAUGUUCAAUAUUUUCUGAGAUUGUGUCCAGCACCAAAAGUCAUGAAUUGUCUAACAAAAUUGUCUAACAAAAUUGUCUAACAAAACAUUAAUUUUGGAAAUGCUUCUAGUGUCUUAAAUUGUAUUCCAAUGCCACACUGCUGUUGAGGCUUUUUUGACUAUUUAAAAAGAAAAGAUAUCUUACUAUAACAGUUUACCUGCUGCAUUAGAAGAAGACAUAAUUUAAGGGUUAAAAAGUAUCAAGAAUCUGUGAAUUUAAUGUAGGUAGGAAGUGGCAGAUACAGGGAAGACAGAGUGCCAGGAGAGAGACUUUUCAUCUUUCAAAGAAGUAGGAAAUAGUACUGUCAGGUGAUAUGAGGAACCUGAUGGAUGAGCAGUCUUAACCCAACAUUGCAAAUCAUGAGUUCCCUUUCAAAUUAUGUUGUAGGGGAAGUAUUCAUCCUAAUUUGUUCAACUUGCAUUUCACAGCACAAAGAAUAAAAUAGUUACUCUUCCUUUUAUGAAGAACCACUCUGAUGUAUUGCAUUUGAGCAAAUGCUCAAGACACACUUACAGAUCCCUGUGAGCUUAAAUUUAAUUGAUGACAAUAGAAAUUAAAUUGUGUAAUUUCACUGAGUUAUAACACUGCAGAUUACUUAACAAUUUAUUCAUAUGGCAGAAUAAGUUCAUUUACCACUUACUGCAGAGAAUGAAGCAUCUCUUGAUAGUUACAGUAUUUUUUACUGUAUUGUCCUUGAAAUCAAUUUGAUAUUUCUGAAUUGGGCACUUAAAAUGAACAAUAUAAUAAGUGUAAGUAUUAAAUAUCUAACUGUUGAGUUAGAGACAUUUUCUAUUUAAUGUUUUAUGAUAUAUUUGUGUUACAUUGUCAGGGUAUGCCUGUGAUGUCAGCUUGCUGUGCCAGCUCUGCCUCUGUUGGAUCAGAGCCACAGUGGGAUGGCCCUUGGAGAGCUAACUCCUUUUAUGUGGCCGUAGGAGAGCUAAUUCCUGUUCUGUGGUUUCUGUCUGGCUCAGAUGAAGCUCAAAAUAUACCAGAGUGACAUACCUUCUACCAUCUUCUUCACACUGUAGACCUAGCUCUUGUGAGACAGUCAUUACACCUUAUUAAAAGAACUUGUUAAAAAACUUGUUAAAAUUGAAACCACAUCCUUGCAACAGGAAGAAUAAUGAGGAAAACAACAAUAUGGAAAUCCAGCACCUUCAAAGCAGUGUUAUGCAGUCACAUGUAAUAUACCUGACCAAUGUUCCUUUUAAAUAGUAAAUACGGUCUCAGCAAACCUAUAGCUGUGUUCAUGGAAAAGCUGCUUUCCUACCUAUAUGCAAUCUGCCUCUUACUUUCUUACCUUAACUUGAAAGGAGCUUUUUUGUCCUCCGUGACAGAGCUACCGCAGUUUGCACGUUCAUCUUUGCAGCACAAGGCACUCUUGCUUGUGGUAGCCUUCAAGUUCUGGCUGUGACUGACGGCAAAAACCUCAGCAUCAGUUUCUCAUCAGCCAAAAUCAAUCUCAUUUAAAAACGGCCUAUAAAUUUGCUGGCUUGUUCUGUGAAACAAUCUGGCUGGCUGGCAGUGCAGGUGUUUAAGUGUAAGGACUUCCUGUGGUUUAAGAUUUGACAGACUCCAGUUGGUGCCCCUAGUUAUUUGAGAGUGAUGUGGCAACACUGAGUGGUUGCUGAUGAACAGGUUUGCAGUGAUCAUGCCUCUGUUUUCUGUUUUUGUUUUUUGUUUUUAUCUUUUCCUCAGGGGAAAUCGCUCACAUCAAAGAGGUUAACCAGUCUAGUGCAGUCCUACUAAAAGGAUCACCUUGUAGCAUGGAAGCAGACUCAAAUCAUUAUACAUACUUUGUAGCUCACUGAUUGCCUGACUCAGAGGACAGUAGAACAAGAUGUUGCAUGAGCAAGGACCUGACUUGUUUUCUUUUGUGUAUACUAAGGCAUUACAGACUCCGAGGGACUCUCUAGCCUUUCGAUGCCUCCAUUUCGAAAACUGUCUGCUCACUUCCUCCUUCAUAUCAAGCUGGAUCUGUGUCUUUUUAUUUUCUGCAAGCUCAAGUACAGUGAAAAAAAAGCUUCUGCUAGGCACAGUUUAUUAAAAAAAUACGUCAAUCAAAAACUGGAAGAAAUGUAAAAAAUGCAUAUAUUAAUAAAUAUACAUAUGGCAUCACAUUUAUUGCACAAUAAAUUAGCACAGAAGGUUUCAUUUCACUGAUGUAUUCACAUUGAGAAAGAAAGCCUGUGUCUUUGUCUGUUGUCUGUAUAUUCUCUGUUAAUGUUUCUUGCAUUUAUUUUUAUACCAUAUUUAAAAAAGAACACCUUUUACUCCAGAUGUAUUAAAGUUGAUCCUUUCUCUGUAAAUUUGUGUAUGUUUAUAUUGUUGUUUUAUCUUUCAUUAAAAGAUGCAGAAUCUCUUUCCUUUGGGAAGUUUGAGAUUUUAAUAUUGAAUCAGAAGAUUAGUCAAGAGCAAAAUGAUCCCCAAAAGUUACACACCUUGUGCUUUCUAAAAAGUGACAUGAAAUGGCAUUUUCUUUCUCUCAGUGACACCUAAUCAAACACACUUUAUUGAUAAUCAUUUACUUUUUCUUUUCUUUUUAUCAAGCUAGCAGCAGAGAGACCUUUCCCGCUUGCUCAUCAUUGCAUAAGCAAACCUUUCUUUAAGCUGGGCCGUUCUGUGGCAGUGCAGCCUGCACAGCAUUCGGUCACUGCCCCAGGCUGGCUGGACUGGACUGCCCUUCCUUGGGAAUGGACAUGAACAAAGCUGCCUGAGAGCGCAAGGGUACGCUUGCUAAAGAGGAAGGACGGUGCCUUUUCUCCUUGCUGUCACUUGUGAUGCAAGGCAACAUUUUAAGCUGAAAAGGUAGUGGUUUGGGAGUGCUAAGUAUGCACUGGUCUGGUAGCAAUGCAGCAGGAGGCUGUCAUUUGAGUUCCAGGUCUCUGUUCGGGGAUGCUGUUGUGUUCCACCGCUGAGCUUACUCACACAGAGACCUGUUGCCAGAUUUAUGAGCGUGUGUUGAUGUUGCCCGUGAGACAGUAGAUAUGGAGCUUCUGAAGCUAAUCUGAGCUGGAACCAGAAAUCUGUUUGGUCUAAGAAACAGCGCUGUCGACUGGUAGAGGUGAUGUAAGGAUAGUAGAAAGAAUCUCAGAAAACAAAAGAAAGGAUGGAAACUAAGUCAAAUUACAAAAUGCUGAUACCUCCAGAGCAUGGUAGGGUGCACAGGACAAACAAACCUUUUUAGCAAUGCACAGAGUAGAUUCAGGACAGCCAACUUUACUGCCAUCUGUCAUGCUGACUUUGGUUUGAUAUUGAGAAUCUUGUUUCAAAGGGACUGUGAAUCCUAAACAUGCACACACAAAGUGGGAUGGUCAUGGAUACAAGCAGACAAUCAACUUGAUUGCCUUAAUACCAGAGACAUCUCAUUGAGCACUGGAAAACCACCUGCACUGCUGCCAUUAGGGACAGGAUUGUUGCGCACAGCAGCUCUGGGCAGAAGGGAGCUGAGCUGCCUUCUGCAGGGAACACUCACUUCUCCACUGGCUCUGUCAGUAGCCUGAUGCAGCCAUAACCAGGAAUGCAGCAUCUUUAAAGAGGCACUCUGAGUGAACCCAGUACAAAAUGCAUUACAAAUCCAUGAAUGACUGUUGCCCAUAUUCUGCUCAGUUGAGGUUUCUUGAGGUUUGGGAUUUCUGUUUGUUCAUUGUUUUCACAUGCCACUGUGUUUCUGGUUUCUAGCUAGGAUGACAAUUACUGCUUUAAAGUGUCUCUGUUUUUGUUAUCAUAAUUCUACUAAGCUUUUAGGGAAAUAGCCCAUCAGAGCUGGGUCCUACCAAGAUCUUAGCAAGAGGUCUAUGCAGGUCAACUCAAAAUACUCACAGCCUAGGGAGGUCAGAUGAAUUUUAGUAAGUAACCACACUGAAUCACAGAUCUUAAACUGAGAUUUAAUUUUACCACAGAAAUGUGAUCUCUGAGACAUGAGCUUGGGGCCAGGCAAUCCACAGAAAUUUGAGCUCUGCUUCACUUCUCAGUGCCAAAUAGAGAUAUUUAUUUCCAAACUCCUGCUGCCACCAAUUGCAUCAACUGGUAUAUUUCCUCCUUUGCCUUAGUAGUUAACUACUUACAUACCACUGUCUGCUUCAAAGAAUCACUUUCUUCAAAUACCUACUGUUUCAAAUUCAAGCAUCUUACCAACAUGCAACUUCAUCCUAAGAAAUGUAUUUUUUUUUUUUUUUUCCAAAUCACUUUGCAACACCAACUGGGUAAUAAAAAGUCAUGAAGCAUUUGUAUUCUGGAACCCAUUCUGUACUUAUUCUAGUUUUUUCCUGUCAUGGUUUAACUCCAGCUGGCAACUAAGUACCACACAGGCAUUUGUUCACUCCCCCUACCUCCAGUGGGACUGGGAGGAAAAGAGGAAAAAGUAAAACCCGUGGGCUAAGAUAAGAAAAAAUUACUCAUUGAAACAAUUAAAAUUAAUAAUAACAGCAAUCUUAAUGAAAAUAAGUGCAAGAGAGGAAGGAAUGAAACCCUCUACCCAAGAAACAGAAGUGAUGCACAAUGCAAUUGCUCACCACCCACUGACCAAUGCUCAUCCCCCUGAACAGCGAUUGGCUCCUCUUUACCUGUUCCCAGUUUCUAUACUGAGCAUGGUGUUCUAUGGUAUGGAAUAUCCCUUUGGCCAGAUCAGGUCAGCUGUCCUCAGGAUGCUCCCUCUCAGCUUCUUGUGCACCUGCUCCCUGGCAGAACAUGGGAAACUGGAAAGUCCUUCACUUAGGGUAACACCUGCUCCACAACACUGAAAGCAUCAGUGUCUUACCAACAGAAUUCUCAUGCUAAAUACAAAUCACCACACUGCACCAGCUACUAGGUAGAAAGUGAAAUCUAUCCCAGCCAAGUCCAGGACAUUUUCUUUCAUGAACUAUGAAGCCUGUAUUGAAUGGCUGUCUUUCCCUGUAUUUGGAUAGGAUUUAACAUUAUGUCUCUAAAGUAAAACUAGGCAUUACUAAUAAGGAUUUCAAAGUAGUCAGGAAGCUGUGUUAAGGUUUCGUUUGAGCUUGUUCGAAGUGAUACAACUCCACUGUUCCAUAUGAGUGAACUUGGCACAAACAAAAUCAACCCUACAACUAGAUUAUUUUUAAAAGGUUUAUCUGCAAUCUUCUGAUACUUCACCUCAUCACUGUCAUCAGCCAGUGAUACAAUACUGGGACUGGAAACCCCAAGCUGGCAUAAUCUUCCUUUUGCUUCACCACAAAGAUAAAUUUGUGUUUCCAAAUUUGUACAAAGAUCCACUUCAAGAAUUAAGAUUGUCUCAGACUAAGGCAUGCUCGUACAAUAACCAAACAGCUGCAGUAUGAUUUUGGUUACACAACAAUUUACCAAUUAAGAAUGUCAGUGAGGCCACAAAUCUGCUGAGGAAAAAAGGACAAAGAGAGGAAAUCAGUCUAAAGGGACCAUAUUUCUUGUCUUCUAGGGAAAAGUCGUCAAUGCCUCCUGGCCCUGCCCAAGAAGCUUAAAACCCCCAUGUGGGUUAAUUGUAUUAAUUGUAAUAUUCCUUAAAAAAAACUAGGUGGAGCUUGAGACUUUCAUCUGAAAGCUGGGGUUCAUCAGUCAGUCUCUUUCCCCAAACAUCCUUGUACAUAAAACAGCUCUGAAGCCUACAGGAUACAGUGUUUGAUGGUGAUGCUGCACACUUCAGAUGGUUUUGUGCUCCCAGAUCAGCCUGUGAAGGAAAAUGGCUGGUGGGAGAGACAUAAGAUACCUUGGCACCUACCUGACAAGCGCAAAAUGUUCACCCAUUCUUCUGUAAGAGGCAAGUAAAAACAGUCCUUCAACCCUAGAAAACCAAAGACAGAAAAAAAGGGCCUUGCAAUAGUGAUGAGAUAAAUUGAAAAAUGCUGAGCUGAAACAGUAGUGGAGACCAGCCAAAAACUAAUGAGUUGAAGGUGAACACAGGACUGAGGAAUGGGAAUUAAUUGUGGUGACCAGAACAGAACCAGCAAGGGAGGAGCACUGGAGAGCUGAGUAAUUAGGAGCAAGAGAGGCAGAAUGUGUUUGGUGGAUUGCCAGCCUGUUGGCCACAGCCAUGCUGAGCUGGAAUUAAAAAAUCAGGCAAGAUCAACUGUGACUGGCAUCUUAAAACCCAACAACUAUGUGGGGGUUUUUUUAUCUACAAAGCAAUACUGAAUAAUAAUAAAAUAUUCAGGGUUGCCUUUUUCCAAUUGCACCCCUAAUAUUGUCUGAAAUCAUGAGAUAUAAAUGCCAGAUAGUCUCCUAAGAAAUAAAAAAUAGAAUGGCAACAACCAGUUCCAGAAAAUAAAACCUAUAGGAAUUCAUUUAGGAUGUUAUUUAUAAAAAAAAAGUUAAAACCAAAGCAGACCAUUAAAGUGGGGAAAUGCUGGUUUUGAUAUGUAGCUAGAACUAGGAGUUGGAAAAGCCAAUGAUUUAUUUGUGGCUCUUCCAAUUAUUUUUUUUAUACAUAAUGGAUAACAGCUCUUUGAAUUUAGAUUUUAUAACUGACAUAUUUUUUAUGUCUCCUCUAGCUAAAGAUACCGUGCAUAGAACUAACACUUGACAUAUUAUAGUAGGUGCAUAACACUGGGCUUAUUAUAACAGGGGCAUAAAACAUAGGAAUUUUGCUAGAAGAAUUUUGAUAGCUACAGGGAUUUAAAGAAAAUAAGGCUUUAAUCCCAACAUGUUCAAGGGAAAUUACUGGCAAAUUAUUUGAACAUAUUCUGUGUCCACAAUUCAUUUAAGCAAGUUGCUAAGUGGUUGUGACUCACUCCAGUCUGCCUUUUGAUCUGACUAUGCUGAACAGAUUGCUUUAGUCUCCUGUGAACUGAAGAUACGUUGAAGUCCCAAUAAUAAAGAGGUGAAGGGGAAGAGAGGAUGAGUUCUCUGAGGCUGAAUUCCCCUCCUCAUGCUGCUGCAGACUGUGGAGUCCUCAAGCCGCAUGUGUACAAUGCAAAGUGUUUUGUUUGUACAGACAUCGACUUGAGGGGUGUAGAGUCUCUCCAGACAGUUAUUAUCUCUGAAACUACAAAGUUUUGUUUCCCCAAUAUCUAAACAGAAUCUCCCUUGCUUUGAUUUAUCCCUUUAUUUUUGACCAGGCUGCUGCAGUCACUACAAUGUGUUCCCGACAUAAAUGGACAUUGCAACAUCGGUGUUCUCUGAAGUGUUGAGUGACUUUAUUACUCUCCUCUGGGCCAAAGGUUCUUACAAAUUUCUUGGAGGAUGGUGCUUGCAGGACUCCCACCAGGGUUUUACAGGAGGAGGGCAGAGGAUUAUUGUUGUACUUCUGGCCAUACUCACAACUACAGGACUUGCCCUUCUUGCUGUAGAUGGCCACUACUGAACUGUGCCAACUGAUGUGACACAGUAAUGCCCAGAUCCUGUGCAGUGUAGCAUGGAUGGUUGCUCCCCUUUGUAUGUAGCUGACUCUUCUUGGGUCAGUGAAGUGUCUUGAGUUGUCUCUUGAAUAGCAUCAUCUUUUUUCAGACCAUCUUUCUCUUUUCCCAAGAUCUUUUAAUAUUAUUAUUAUUAUUUUAUAUUCCACCUGCACACUGCUUGCAGUCCUUUUAUCUGUAGGUAUCUUUAUGUGAGUGAGGAAUCUGCUGGCCUGGUCCUUUAACACAAACACUUGAAUGCGAAUGAGUACCAUCAUCACUAUUUGCUGUAAGGGAUCUGUAUGUGUAAAUUGCAGAGAAAAAUUGUCCAGAUAAUAAACUCUGAGAACCUGCUCAAAUGCUAGAUGAUAGUCCUUAUUUACAAGUGUGGACAUGGACAGUAAAUAUCAAACAAUAUUAAGACACGAUGGUAAAUGUUACCUUGUUAGUGGCAUUUGCACAAUUUUUAUUGUACUUUGCUCCCAAAAUAUAUUCUGCUGCAUUCACCUUCAUUGGCUUUCUUUUUGAUUUGACUAGAUUUUGAAAUAUCUUGUUAGAUUCAUCACAGAUGUCAUCUUUCAAAGGGGGUACUAUUUCCCACCCUUCCUCUUAACCUGGCAGCUGCUCCUUCAGCAUGUGUAUCACAUAAAUGGGGCAUUUCAUUAUGCACAUUAACUGUUCUAUCCACCUUUAUUUCCUUUACCCCUUUCAUUUUUAAAAGAUGAGUGGCAAUGACAUAUUUAAUGUGACUUACUUUUCUACUUUUUUGCUGAGAGGAAUGUAUAACCCAAAAUCUAUGAACUUUUUUUGAGUUCAUCUCCUUUGAUGCACUGUUCUUUAGACAACUUUUCUUUUAGAUUCUCUUUCUUCUCUCCCGCUCCGUAACAUCUUUUUUUAGGAUUCUUCAUCUUUUAUGGUUUUUUUCCUUUGUUCCUCUGAUUCUUUCUGUAUUGAUCUCUCCCUCACGGUCUUAUAGUGCCCACUAAUGCUCUUUAUACUUACCUUCCCUGUUUUAUCCUUCUUGGAACUAAAACAAAUUAGAAGAAAAACACAAAAUAGAACAGAAAGCAUUAAAAGAAACACAAUAGAGCAGGGGCUGAUGUGGAUGCACAGUGUGCCUCUGACUCUGUCCUGAUCUCAGGGGACAUCCUUCUCCCAGCAGCCUGCCUCUUCCCCACCCUGUUCCCAGGAGCUCUCCACUGCUACAGCCACUGCUGCCCCUGGGUGAAGGAGAAGGAGCAUGGGGCAAUGUCCUGGGGAGGAGGGUGCCUGUACAUGGCAGGGACAUCCUUCCUCGCUGGUGGGGAGGUGUCUCUGGGAACCUCAGGAGACACGAGGCAGGGCAGUUAUUCCUUUGCUUAGGUGGAUGGAGACAUACCAAAAGUGUGACUCCUCUGGUGCCUGGGAUUGAUGGAAGGAAGGGGGUGAGUACUCAGGCCAUUCACUCACAGCUUCCCAGUUCAGAAUAAAUAAGGAGCUUGAGCUUCAUCCAUGGUAAGAGUGAGGUGAGGGUGUCCACAGAGUGAUGCAGGAUGUGUCUUUCUGUUAUCAAAGAACGUGUCUGUGGGAGGCAGGGAUGAAGAUUAAAGCCCAAGAAUAGGAAAUAUUUCUAAGUCCUGGUCCAUACUGGUCUGGAUGGUAGUUCCAGUGAUACCAGUGAAUAGGCCUAUUUAAGCUCAUGUUGUGCCUAAAUCACAGGUAAAAGUUUUUUUUGGGGGGAGGCAUAAAUAUGGAAUUUCAUCAAUGGAUAGAGAAAAAUGCUGAUACAGUUCAUACAAUUAGAUAGGUAUGCCUAAUUAGUGAGGGAAUUGAUUUCCAGAAAGUUGUUUUUAGAGAACUGUUAAGUUUUUAAUUCCUAAGUCAAUAUGAGUGACUCCAUUUCUCCUUCCUCCAUCCCUUCCAAAGUAGUUCAGAAAACUUCCUUGACUAGCAAGCAUUUUCCUUUUCUCUCUUCCCUUGAUCUCCUUCUCAGCUGUUUUCCUAAUCCUUUUCUGACAGUGUGGGAGACCCUGGCCAUAAGGGAGUAGCUGAAGCUUCUCUCCCACCAGUGCAUUUGUCUGCAGAGGAGAAUUUUCACUUCCAUUUUUAUUUUUGUCCUGUAAUGAGAAAAUUGAAAUACCAGACUUUCACUUUGCUCCAAAGGGCUUCUUCGCAGUGCAAUUUCCAUUGUACAGACCCAUAUCACCUACUUUUUCUGUGUACUUGUGGUAUUGGAAUAAAAAGAAGGCAUGUCCUGAUCCCCAACCAACUGAAAAAACAAACACGGUAAAUAUGAAUUUCAGAUAUAUCUUCUGCUGCUGGUCAGAGAUAAGUGGUACAACAGAAAAAUACUCUCUCAAACCUCAUUGCUGUAUUAAAACUGUACUUUGGGAUUCCCAUCUGCAAAGAGUGCUUUUUUCCCUGCCCCAAAGCAUACUUCCACUGAAAUCAGAGAUGUGAAACCUCGAAGACUGGCUUUAAAAUACAGUUACCCUUUGUUCCUAAAAUUGUGCUUGCUAGCUGGAUGUCAGUGGUGGAAUCUCUUUGGUACAGUAGGGUGGGCUAGUAGGGUGUGUUUGGGUUGUUUUUUUAAAGAUGGUUUGGAUUUCUCCCACUUCUUCUCUCACCUCAGACCACAGCAUGGGCUGGGAAUGCACCUUUGUCUCUAGAAAGCUUUUGAAGACAACCUCUUUCCACAAAAAGCAUGGACUAGAUGGAGUGGCUGUGAUUAUUUUGUGUCUUCUAAUAAGAAAUAAAAAAGCAAGGGUUUACAGGCCAGAAGACUUCAAGGAAUAUGAGAGAGAGGCGAGAGUGAUGAAAAAAUAACCAGCUGCUUUUAUUUUACAUCUAAAUAAAGAUUUUGAAUAUGUUACCCUAAUGGCAUUGUGGGGGAAAAAAAAGAAAAAAAAGAAAGGCAAGGAAGAGGAGACAAGAAAAAACCUUUCCAUGCCCAAUGUGGCAAUGACAUCUGAUGUUGCCUGGAGAAGCUUCAAUCUUUUCAGAUCCUGAGAGCUUCUGCACCAGGAUGGAGGUCAUUACUCCUCAUUAUUGAGGCCUUGCCACCUUGUGCAUGCAGCAGCAGCUCUACCAGAGAAAAUCUGCCUGCAGCAGUCAGCAUCAGUCCUUCAUGUAACACAGAAAUGGCUUUUUUUAGCAACUCCAUCCCCUGCAUAGUCCUACUUUCUGUUUUAUAGGUACUGACAUGGUAGGACCAGCAUGGCCAGUGUAUCAGCAGUGACCUGCUGCCCUGCUACUGCGGUUUCCUGCUAAGGAAAAAUGUGUAAUCUGAAUGGUGCUACUACGAAUUGUGUAAUGCUUGCUAGAAAAAAAUAUUCAUUAGAAAAAUUUACUGGAUGGGACUAUUUUGGUAUUCAUUAUAACCCAUGAUUUGAGGAAACUAAAUAGAGCAUAAAAUCGGAAACAAAGGAAAGAAGUCAAAGCAAUUUUCUUUACCACAGUAGAGCAAACUAGUUAGGUGUUACCAAAAGCCGAGUGAUUUUUUUAUUUUUUUUCAUUCCUUUUUCCUCCCGUAGUCCUGAAGCAAUCAUAUUCCUUUUUUUUUUUUUUUUUUCUCUCUGACAUUUUCGGUUUUCUUUCACGCCGAGUCUUGCUGAUGUAAGUGCUGACAACGGAUCGAUAUUCAUCGGAAACAAAUAAACGCGGUUUAUUUCCGCUCCUCUCUGAAGCCCGGGCUGCGGUGAUGCCGGGAGCCGGGAGCCGGGAGCCGGGAGCCGGGAGCCGGGAGCCGGGAGCCGGCCGGGGCAGCAGCGACACCUGGCGGGGGCGCGCAGGAAGCGCGGCCGCGGGGCGGGAGCGCUGGAGCGGCCGGCCAGGAGCCGUGACCGCGCUCACACCGGCGCUCCCCGGCCCCGCCCUGACAAUCCGGACACCUUCCCUCCCUCGUGUCCCGACAGAAAGACCGUGGAGGAUUUUCGUCACGUUACACCAGAGGAGGCCGUCUGUUUUUAAGAGGAUUCCUGGGAAACAGUGUCGCUGUGUUACACGAGUUCUUUCUAGGAUGCUGGGGGGUUAUCAAGAUAUAUUUUGUAUUUCAGAAAUUUACUUCAGUAGCCAGGGGCACUUGGUAUAAGAAGAAAAAAUCAGAGUGCUAUGCAACCAAAUAUAAAGCACCCCCAAAGGCAGAAGAAAUAGUGACAGCCACGGAGCAAAGCCAGUACAUCAAGGUCCGAUUCGACUCUGGAGACUUGCGGAGGCUGAGGACUGAUGGAAUAAGCAGCUCUAUUUCUACUAGUACCAUGUCCCCAACAAAGACUGCCCCCCUUCUAGCUGGCUGCCCACAGGAAAGGAGAGCUUGGAAUUAAUGCAUGGGAGCACAUAGUUGUUCCUGUUUUCCUCCAGGGCAAUGAGAUUUUGGACCUAUGAUCUGUAAGCAAACAAGCUGUUCAGAAGGAAACCCAUUGCCAACUUCUGAUUUUAGGGAGAACCUUUCUCUUGACAAAGGCCAAAAUAUUACUGGCUAACAGCUGCCAGACUGCAGCAGUAUGGUCUGUAUUGCUCUCCACGCUUCAUUUAUUCUUCAUUUGUUCAUUUCUGUAUCUUGUUAAGAAUGAGAAACCAAAUCUUAAAUCUGUGCUUGAUUUUCCUGGGUGUCCACCUGCACAGUUGCAUUGAUUUUGGUCUUGUCUCCUCCAGAGCCCCUGCUGCCUCUGAUGGGAUUGCUGAGAAGUUCUGACUCUGUAUUUCAGCCUUUUUUAAUCUCAUUUUUUAUAUAUCUCAUUCCAGCUUUACCAAAGAACCUGCACUCUGCCUGUAAAGACAGCAGGCAAACCAGGAAUAAGCACCCUAACUACCUCAGGCACUGAACCUUUCUGGAGAGGUUUUUCUGCUUAGAAUCAUGUAUGAAUAAAUUCUGGAGGAUCUCUCUCCGGUUUUGAAAGCCAGAGGAUGAAAGAAAUACUUUCUCUCCAUUAGUAAUAGACAACUAACCUUAAUAACAUAAUGUUUAAUGAAAAAUACUUUAGGUAUUUUUAUGCAAUAUUGUUUUAUGUCUGGAGUCGAUAUUAUGGGAAAAAAUUGUCCUGGCUUUAGGGGAUGGAGAGGAAGUUUGUCUUUGCUUGGAUAUAUUGCACUACCCUUUGGGAUGGUGUCAUUUGAUAAUUCCUGCCACAUGUUCUUAUGAGUAGGAUGUUUUUGUUUCCUUACUGUGUCUCCCCUCAAGUCCUGCUGGGUAAUAUUUCAGAUGGUCACGGUCGAAAAAGGCAUGUGACAACUUCCAGAUGUUCAAAUAAUCAAAGCGAUCUGCAGAUCUAAGGGAGCACACCAACAAACAAAUGGAGGAUAACUUGAAGGGCUGCAGUCUAGGUGGGGGGUCACGUUCAGAGGCGGUGGAGGAGCCUGAAGGAUAGUCUUUUAAUAUCUGGAGAAUUCACUGAUGUCUAGAUCAUUUGCUAAAGAUGAGGUAGUCUGAUGAUGUGGCUGGGGAGGCAGUAAAAACCUAAAAUGUGGGGUCUGGUUGUGGUUUUCCCACAGCUUGGAGCAGAGCUGACUUCCCUGGGGAGCGAGGAAGGCUCUCAUACUGCGCCAUAGCUCUGAGCUGAGCUGGCUUCUGGGCUCCAGCUUGCAUGAUGCAUCUGAGACUAAGAAAUGUGACCAUGGUCUGCUGUCAUCUACGCCACCACGGCAUCUGGGGCUGCAUCCUUGUUGAGCUGGUGGUGCCUGAGACUGUGCUGUGUUCAGCUGAGCAAGGGGAGGGCACAUCUCAGCUCAGGGAAACAUGUGCUUCUGUUUUGCUCCAACCUGGCUUGUAUAGGCAUCCGUUUGGGUACUGAUAGCUAAUUCUAAACUGAGUUUGGGGAGCCUUUAAUCAAAGCUCUUCAUUACUCCAGGUGAUUUUUGUUAAUCCAUCCUCCCAGCUUUACAGAAACAGACAAGACAAUUAAAAAUGUGUGGUGAGACAGAGCAUUCCUCUUUGGGAAUGUAAAACCAUUCAUCAUCAAGAUUUAAAAAACUCAUAUUAGUCACUGGUGACCUGGUAUUUAUAGAGGUGAAAGCGUAUGGCUGUGGUGCAGUGUGUGUGGAGCAGCAAGGAACACCAGGAUGGAGGAUGCAUGUUGUUUUUGUGACACAGACGGAACAGUCCUGUCUCUGGUCACAGGAGGGACAAUGCUCUCUCCCCACAUGAUCCUACAACAAGUUUCCUGGUGCCUUUUUGUAUGCUGGCAUUUGAUGUCACAGUGCCUGCACUGCUGGCACAUCCUUUGAAACAGAUGUUCUCUGCAUUUGCCUGCUCUGUGUGCAACUGGCACAGCUCUGCUGGAAGAUUGCUUUCCAAAUCCUUCCAGUGAUGGAAAGGGGCAGGCAGUAUUUCUACAAUUAUUCUACUACUACUAAUUUGUUUGGAAACACUGCUGGCUCAAAACCUGGCUCAGCUGAUGAUGAGGAAGGGAAGAUCUGCUCAUGUCAAAAGGGCUUCUUAGAGUUUUGAACUACAGGCUGAUGCUUUUGAAGCAUAGCUAUUUGAGAUAUUACCAACUGUUCUUUCCCCUUGGUGAUAAGGCUUUAUAUGACAUUUUGUGCAAUUCUGUAUAGGUCUUUUUCUGCUUGGGAGGUAAUGGUGUAGCAUGCUAGAAAAUUCAGUUCCACCCUAGGAAAAGGAACAGCUUUGUGACAGUUUGUCCGUCAUCAGUGGCUGCUAUUGUCAGUUGGGUUCUCCAUAUGGCAUUCUUGAAGCACCUGGAGAAUUUCUGACAAAAUUAGUCUUUGAUUUUGUGCAAAGAAUACUUUUGUAUGUCCAUGGAAGGGGAAAGACCAAUACACCGCUCUCCUGGAGAAUCAGACUGGUGCCUGUGUGCUUGGAGGGGCCUUAGCCUGAGGAGGGCAUUGGUGGCAGCGGCAGGGGCUUGGAAGAGACAUGCCACAACAUGGGCAAACACACAAAAGCAAGGAGGAUGCUGCAGUGCAUGAGAACACUGGUACCUGGAUGUGCUGCAGGAAAGUGGUGGCCGUGAAGAAAUAGGUCUGGAUUAUAUGAGAGAUAUUUAUUGUGAUGGCUCAUCUCUGUCCUGAUCCAUGUUCAUAAGACUGAGCUAACAAGGUCAUCUUAUGUAGUAAACUCUGAAAAUAUUUGAGGCCUGUAGUCUUCUACUAGCUGGGGCAUCAGCAGCACAUGCUUCCAUCAUUUAUAAUGUGGUUGUCAAGAUUGUAAGCUCUUUUCCCAUGUCCACAGGGAAAGUUAUAAUUAUGUAUGUAUGGUAUAUUAAAAAAUUCCAGUGCACUCAUUGCGCUGGAAGCCAACUCAAAAAGGACAGAUGGAGAGAUGUGAUAAGGGAAAUAAAGCUACUACAAACCAGAAAACUGUGAGAGAAACAAACUAAGUGGCCUCUACCUACCAGCUACCCAUCUGUUGGUCAUCCACCCAUCCCUCUACCAGCUACAUAUUUGGAUGUUACUGUUUAAAAAACAGACGAGGGAGCAGCAUGUGGAGGUCUGGCUGGGACAAGCGGAAAGCGGCUAAAGGACCUUUUUACUGGCUGGUAAAUUCAUGCCUGGUCUCCCUUCAAGAUUUCAUAGUCUAGAAAGAAUUUCAGUUUGUUCUUCAAAAGAUGCAUCAGUCUGUUCUGUAUUAAGAAGAAAAUAUGCCUUCCACAUUUACUUCCCCCACAAAGACUGAUUUUUGGAGAAUUUGCUAGUCAUUUCGUUUCAGACACAUUUCUUAACAAGUUGUCUUUCUUUGUGGUUAAACUUAGAUUCUGUCCUUCCUGAAUCCUAUACGGUUCACUAUGUGGUGUUUGUCCUUUCAUGGUCAUUACUGGUACAUACUCGCUGCACUCACUGUGCUCUACUAAAAUGGUUUUGUCAGGGUAAAAAUUAAAAAUUAAAAUGUUCUCUAAGAGGGAGGACCCCAAAUAUAAUUUCAUAACAAAAAUGCCCCAAUCAUUUCCAAACAAUUUAAAACUGAAGGUAAAUCUUUCCUUUACUACCAGGUGUGACCUUCCCAAAGUUUCAGACAAGAACAAUCUCUCCAAAUUUUCUAGCUAUUUCGAUAUCCUGUCCAUACUGAAACCAGCCCAUGCUUCUACCACCUAUUCAUAAAAAUUUGCAAACAAGGCUAAUGUCUGACAUCUGUAUCCAUUAAAAUCAAUGACCAUACAUAUUUUAAUUAAUUUUAUCAGUUUUCAUUCCCUUCCAUUGCUUGUUUGCAGCUGAACCUCAUUUUCCUCUCCCAUGCCCCCCCCGCCUUUUUCUUUAAAUGGGAAUCUGGGAAAUUCCUCUAUUUUCCUUUCUCUGCCUUUUCUUUCUUUACAGUCUGUAGUCUCUUUCCCUUAUUUUAGUAGUCAUCAUUCUCUGUUGACUGCAGAUCUUGGCUAUAUCCAGAUAAAGUCAACAGAAAGGUUUUCCCUGGAAUUUCAGCCGUGUUUCCAUAUUGGUUUUUCUUUCCACCCCACUCCUUUUUCUUCUUGAUGCCUGGCUGGCCGAUUUAAACAAACAUUUUCAGAACAACUUGUCCUCAGCUGACUAAACUGGUAAAUAACGGAUAAAUAUAGUUUCAAUUGGGAACAGCUUUCUGGCAAAGGAUGGAGAACAGCACUAAAGAAGAAUUUUUCUCACCUUGAGUCAUGGGACCUGUUUGGUUAAAGUAAAACCAUUUACUUAACCUGUGUGUACAACACACAAACAGAGCGAUGUCCUUUACUUGUGCUGAUACUUUGUGCUGCCUACAGUACCCUUGUUGUUGUGAAACACAAAUGGAACGUUUUUCUUUCUUUCUUUGAAUCCAAAGCAGCACAAGCCUAAUUUAUAUAUUGAAGCAAAGGCCCAGGCUUAUUUUUUCAGUCAUUCUUUUUUUUCCCCCACCAACUAGAAAGAUCUGUCAUAAGCUUCAAGCUUCAACAUGUAACAAUAGAAUUAUAAGUUCCUGGAUGUCCUAAGGCUGGCUACCUCCAUCAUAACCCAACCUUGCUACUGCACAUUACUGUCUUCUUAUCAAAGUGCACUUCACCGAGCAUACAAAAAGGAUGUUGCUAUGUUUGUUAACAUGAUAGUUUGCAUGUAUGCUAUGAAGCGUACAGAGGACUUCUAUAUAUUUCUUUAUAUGUGUUUAUUCAUACAGAAGGGUAAGAAAUCUAAAUAUUACAGUGCUUUUGAUAUAUAGAGAGCAAAUAAAAAAACAAUUCACAAUAGUAA